AUGGGCAAGGACAGGCUGCCGCUGCCUGUCCCUGCUGGAGAUCGAUCCUCCGACGAGCAUUUCAUGCGGCUGCGUCGGGCCGUCAAGGAGCUGGAUAGUGCGUGGUAUGAUUCCACGAACAAUCUGAUGCACACAGCUGACGCCCGGAAGGUCCUCUUUGAGGAGCUUCUAUGGGAGCACCAGGAGCUUGCUGAGGCACACGAGAAGUGCCAAGCAAUUCCGGAAGCUUCCAUUGAAGCCCUCCAGCAGCAGGUCGCUGCGCUCCAAGCCGAAAAGGAGCAGCUUAUCCGGCAGCAUCGCGAGGCUCUGGACGUCCAGGAGACCUACGCCAGCGGGCUAAAGGAGCAGCUGAUCCAGGUCAGGCUGAAGCACAGCGACGCCAUGAAGGCCGCCCACGCCGCCGCCGAGGCCAAGCUCAAUGAGGCUUUGGAGGAUGCCAACAACUCCAACGCAGUGCUCAAUGCUGAGUUGGAGGAGGGGGCUAAGGCGCGGAAAGCUGCUGAGGAGAAGCUUAUCUUUCCCGGUAGCAUUUGCUUAACUUCUUUCUCUUGCCUUGCAGGGCUCUUCCCGGACUCCCAGGGGUUUGCUGCGAAAAGGGUUGGAGAGCGCCGGGUUGCCCAGGGCUAUGAAAAUCUGGGCGCGCCGUGGGACCCCUAUGACCACUUGGUUGCGUUGAACGCACGGGUCUCCCAUAUGCGCGCCAUUGAUCGCAAUCUCUCUGAUAUUCCUGAGUCCAUCGGAAUCGGGUCUGCUUUCCCCACCAACCAGUCCACCAGACCACGAAAUCCUUACCACGGCGUGCAGGCACAGCGUCAGGACAAGGCGAUGCUUCUCCGCCGCCGUUUCCUCGGUCUCCCCGCCGCCGUCUCCGGCAGCCUCCGCCGCUCCCACACCUCGGCGGGCACGCGGAUUCCGUGGGCCAUGAUGCGCCACAACACGUAUCCCGUCGAGGCGCCGAGCCCGCAGGUCCGCCUCGUCGAGCCACCGCGCAUCUCCGAAGUGUACCUCACGGACCACCUCGUCAAGACCACCCCCGUCCCGGACCCCGCCAGCGAUGUCGUGGAAGGGCUUGGCGGCGUCGUCUGCGCCGCGAGCGGCGACGGCCUCCUCCUCCUCGUCUUCGCGCAGAUGCGCCUCAGGGCUCGCAUCGUCGCCAGGCAGGGCGACGUUCCGCUGCGGCUGCCGCCCGACGGCUUCGACCCCGACCACGCCCCCAACGUCACGCGCUUCGUCUUCAACCCCGUCACGCACCAGAUAUCCCGCCUCCCGCCCCGUGUGACCAAGUUCAACGCCGACGCGGGCCCGCUUUUCAACGUCCACAUGGGCCUCGUCACGCAAGCUGACCGCGGGCACGGGCCGCCUGACAGGUUCGCCGUCGCCGAGCUGCCGGAGGGGAACCUAAUGCUCCGGUUCCUCUCGGAGACGGGCAAAUGGGAGACCGUGACGGUUUCGCGGUGCCAACUCCCGUCUGCGCGGCGAAUGGAGAUACACCACGAGGUGCUUGCGUUCCGCGGUCGCCUCUGGUGGGUCGACCAGACAUGGGGAGCAAUCUCCGUCGACCCGUUCAGCGACCGGCCGGAGCUCUCCUUCGUCGAGCUGCCGAGGGGAAGCGUGCUGCCUCCAGGCGCGCCCACCCGUGAGCGUGUCAGCAUGCAUUUCCUGGGCGAUGCGCCGUCUGACGACAAUGAGGACGACGGCAAGGUGUGGUGGGAUCUGUACCGGCGCGUGGGUGUCAGCGAAGGGCGGCUGACGUACGUCGAGGUCUCUACGAAGGAACCAUAUCUUCUCAGUUCAUUUGCGCUCGACGACGAUGGCAGCGGCUGGACGCUGGAGCACCGGGUGGCGCUCAGCAAACUGUGGGCGGAUGGAGGCUACUCGUGGCUACCCUUGAAGGAGGGGAUGACGCCACGAAUUGCACUUCUUGAUCCACUUAACGCCAGUGUCGUGUACCUCAAGGUUGACAAGCACAUUGUCGUCGUGGACAUGAACAUCAAGGAGGUGACCGGGAGUUACCUGUACAAAACAAACUUCGACUGCAUACCCUGUGUUCUUCCACCGUGGCUUGGAUCCAGCCAGAUCCCUUCUGCAGGCAAGAAGGAUGCCGAAAAAACCAAGACUUUGGCUAACGUUCUGGUUCGCUCAGACACCCCGUAGAAGAGAUGCAGGUUCCUUAAAACUAACAGAUGCUGGUGUCUAAUUAAUUACGAAGCUGAUGGUGGUAGCUUACUGAACUCUCAUUUUAGGAAAAAUCUGGAGAAGUCAUGGUUUGGGGGAGCUUUGCAGUCAUCUUACUGUAUCUUAUUUUUCGGGGAAAUCUGGGAGAUCUUUUAGACUGUCGGUUCGCAGCAGAACAUUCCGGUAGAAUUGCUAAAUUAAAUCAGCAUGCGACUACCAUCACAGAACAUCCUAGAUGUUGUUCUUACUAGCUACACAUGUAUUUUUAAGGAAAGGUUGAUGCUUGAACGUGUUUACUCUUGUGAGAAAUCUUAUUUUAGGGUUCUGUGCGUAUCACAUCCAUGCUUAAGUGAUGAUCUGUUCUGAUGCAGUGUUAGUAUUUGCUGCCCUGAAUAAUGUAUGUUUUCGUGCCAAUUGAUGGUAUAUUGCUCA